AUGCUGGCAUCCCUUCUCCGUCCCAAGAAACGACGCGUAUAUGCCGAACGCUCUCCCUUCUCGUCCCCGUACACUACGCGAGAAUCCGCCUGGCCAAUUCUCCAGCGUAACUCUGGACCGGGCUAUCACCAGAUCCAAGACCACCCCGCGGAUGACCAUGGCAUCGAACAUACAGAGUACGACGACGAGGACGCCGAUGGUGAAGAUGGCGAAGAUGAGGAAGAUGGCCCGAUCGAGUCCACUCCGUUACUCCCCAUCUUCUCGGCUUCCCACCUAGACACCCUUCCUGUGUACGAUAUUACUCACGCCAUUCGUCCCCUCAUCGUGUCGCGCUGCGAGACUACCUUGACGUGGGAUCAGUUACGGUCGCCUCAGAUCUCCCAGUUCCUUGUCAAACCAAUCCAACAAAAAAUCCGCGCCUUUCACUUCUCCCGAGCCACCUUGUACGCGUUGUUGACCAAUUGCCUGCAAUUCAACCGGGAAGUCCAUCUCAACCCUGGGAACAGCGGCGUCAAUCAAACUCGCGCGAUGGUGAGCGAACUCCUUGCCAUGAAGUUGUUGAGGGAGUACACGACCCAGGGAAUUGAUUAUGCGCUUUGUACGAAUUCUAUCCCCGGCAGGGCCAACCCCGUGCCAGGGACCGGAAGUUGCUGGCAGCCGACCCCGGGCACCAAGCGAUUUGCAGGGGUAGCUCGUAUCUCUUGUCUCGAGAUCGCCAUUCGUACCCCAGGCCCAAGCGGUUUCUGUCUCACCCUCUUGUUGUACAGCAGCUGGAGGCAAUCUGGGCGGGCACCAUCGUCUUUCAUUCGGCCGCCGAUUACCUCCACCGCGCUCCACCUAAAUCGCCCGAUCGGAAUGUUUCUUUCAACGCUGUCCUUUGCUGUAUUGUUGGCGUUAUUCCUGGCAGUCCUCCAGAGACGACAUGUGGAGAUCACGUCGUUGGAGAUCGUGUUCUGGUUCUGGAGCACAGGCUUCAUGCUGGAUGAGAUUGUUGGUUUCAAUGAACAGGGAUUUAGCCUGUAUUUGAUGAGUUUUUGGAAUCUGUUUGACCUCGGUAUUCUAUUCCUCCUGUUCUGUUACUAUUGCAUGCGCCUAUAUGGUGCACUGAUGCCAAUCACUCGAACCCACGCUAUUGCCAACCAAGCCUACGACAUCCUGGCUGCAAACGCCGUUCUUCUCGUCCCUCGGCUUUUCUCAGUUCUCGACCACUACCGAUACUUCUCACAACUACUGAUUGCUUUCCGGAUAAUGGCAUCUGACUUGGUCGCUGUCUUUCUUCUGAUCAUCAUCGCCUGCAGUGGCUUCUUUGUCGCAUUUACUCUUUCCUUUGGGCAAGGCCAGGACCAGUCGCCCGGUUCUGUUGCGUUCGCUCUAUUUCAGAUGCUGAUGGGCUUCACUCCAACCGCCUGGACGCUUUGGGAUGAGUAUAACACCCUGGGAAAAGUCAUUCUGACGAUCUUCCUAUUCAUCUGUCAUUUUGUGGUUGUCACCAUUCUGAUCACCGUUCUCACCAACUCCUUCAUGGGUAUUGUACAGAAUGCCAAUCAGGAACACCAGUUCUUGUUCGCUGUCAACACCAUUUCCAUGGUGAAAUCCGAUGCGCUGUUUUCUUAUGUGGCACCGACAAACAUCCUUGCCUGGCUUAUCACACCGCUGCGUUACCUGAUGCCCUUCAGACAGUUCGUUCGGGUCAAUCGCACAAUCAUCAAGGUCACCCAUCUACCUAUCCUCUUUACAAUCUGCUUAUACGAAAAGACGAUUUUGAGCUCAAAAGUGGUGGAACCUACCGAUCUCGUCGAUCCGCAGGCUCAGCGCGAUAUGGUGAGCCGGCCUCGGCCUCCCCGUCAUAGCCGCUUCAGGGCAUUCACCUCCAAUGCCCCUCGCCUGGUACGGGAACCAUCCGUCGCGACAUACCAGAAGGACCGUGCCCUGGAAGAGGUGUUUCGACAGCCCUUCCAAAGUGCAAACCGGGACCGUAGGCGAGAUGCUGGCACUCGAGAGAGCAACAACAUUGUGCACAACUGGAUGAAAACCAUGGGCUCAGGCCCUGUUCAUCCACCCGAUGAGCAAGACUCAGACGAAGUCAGCCGACUAGAAAAGCGUUCGCGAAGGCUACGUUACUCGCCACGGAGCCGGCGAACACGAAGUCUGCGCGACUUUACCGCAUCGAAUCGCUCCGCAGUUUCCGAUCCCGAGGAGCAAGUCAAUCCCGUCGCCUCGUCCCCAGCUACUCCACGGCCCGGGAGAGCAUUUUUGACGCCCACGCGAACCCGGCAACUUUCGCGACACACCGGAAUGGAAGGCGACGACGAGCUUACAAGUGAGGACAACGAUGACUGGGUUGAAGACCAGCCCUCGAGUGAUGGGGAUAGAAAGCCGACGGACAAGGACUGGGGGAAGUCGCCUGAAAGCCCUGGGAAGUCAACCCCCAAAUUCUACAGCUCGAGACCGUCGACCGCGAAGGUCAAGUCUCGCAAAACCAGCCCGACGCGGCGACCUCGAUAUCACACGCGGAACGCAUCGGCCGCCACAAUGCUGUACAACCCGCUGUCCCCAGCGAGCGAUGGCGAGGCAAGCGAGACCACAUCGAUCCCCAUCCGGCCUCGCGCCACGACUCCUGAUCACGAGGGCCCGGCCAAUGUGUCAACGGCUGUUGACCACUGGAUGCUGCGGAGACACAGUCUCGAUGACAGCCGCAGUCGGAAUGCGACCAUACCGAGGUCCAACCACAUGUCCGUACCGGACCUGGGCAAUUUCCUCACCCCGGACGCUCGGUACAGGGAGCGACGCCAGGCAUCGAUUUUGGAUGCGCUCGGAUCCGACCUGGGCGAUAACCGUGCGAUUGCGAAUGGUUUCCUCGGCGGUGUGCCCAUGAGUUUGACGACGCAGAUGGAAUAUGCCACGGGUGGCAUGCGCCGACAAGGCAGCCCUAGCAGCAGCCAAGACAUGCUCAGUAAACUCGUGCUGGCUCGGAUGAACAACAUCGAGGAGGGGUUCCGCGAAGUCAUCCGGGAAGUGAAGGACCUUCGUCGUGAAGGGACAAGUCGGAGCCAGAGUCGGCCCGAUGAGCACAGAGAUGUUCAACGCGAGAAGAAAAGACGCAUCGAACGGAAGGUUCAAGGGUCGCGGAAAAGCAAGACGAGCAGCGAAGGACGACAUUCGGACGACGUUUCAGUGGAGCCCCACUUGAUAGAUGUAUAG